UCACGGGUUGACUUCAGUCAAAAAGUUGAAGCCGAGAGAGAAGCCUCCUCUGAGAUCAUCAUGGCGUGUUCUUGCUUGACCACCGUGUUGCUAAUUGUGUGCGCUGUCAGCGGCCUUCGGGCUCAGUUGUUCUUUGGCGACGAGCGUGUCGUAUUUGAAAACGCCAACGGCCCCCUGCAGCAGCUGGCGGCGCGCGUGGACAAGCUGGAGAAGGAUGCGGCCGAAGCAGCCAAGGCGCCGGUGUCCUUUGCGGCGGCGCUGGUCACCACGUCGGACUGGACCCACAUGGGCCCCUUCAAUACGGACGUCACCCUGAUUUUCAAGCGAGUCAUCCACAACGUGGGGAACGCCUACGACGCCAACACAGGGAUCUUCACGGCCCCGGUCAAAGGGCUCUACUUCAUCAUGUUGAACGGCAACGUGGGCAACUCAGGGGACUUGAACGCGGCCGUGAUAAAGAACGGCGUCAACAUGUUCGCCAUCUACGACACGCAGGGUACCUUCAGCAGCGCCACCAACGGGAUGCCGCUGGUACUGGAGCAGGGAGACAAAGUCUGGGUCACCUUGUGGCCCAACAAGAGCAUUUUUGAUCAGAGCCGACUGACAACCUUCAGCGGCUUCCUUAUCAAAAGCAUGUGAACGCCGCGUCGGCUCGCAGAAACACACAAAUAAAAAAAGAUGCAUCAAACAA